AUGGACACAAAAUUGACCCCGGAGAGAAAAGGACCUUCUACUCUCGAUAUCCCUGGGCUGACUAGCUCAUCAAUUUCACCGGAUGGUUAUAUUGCCUCGCGAGAUAUUGGCGCAAAGCUGGUUAUUGUUAUGGUUGGACUUCCCGCGAGAGGAAAGAGCUACAUCGUAAAGAAAUUGGCCCGCUAUCUGAAUUGGUUGCAACAUGAAACCCGUAUCUUCAAUGUUGGAGAUCGACGAAGGACUUUGACCGCUGAAACCAAUCCCCUAAUAGUGCCGCCAUCUUCAUCGUCGUCAACAUCGCCAGCCGCUUUUUUUGAUCCCACCAGCCCCUCUUUAGUGAACUUUCGAGACCAAAUAGCCUUAGCUACUCUAGAUUCGCUACUUGACUGGCUCAUGCACCGCGGCGGCACCAUUGGUAUCCUCGAUGCAACCAACAUCUCUCAGCGGAGGCGCCAGCUUGUCCUCUCCCACAUCAAACAAAGACCUGGCCCAGAGCCAAGUAUUCUCUUCCUUGAAAGCUGCUGCUUCGACCAAGACCUCCUUAGAAGGAACUUUCUCCUCAAACUAUCCGGUCCAGACUACAAGCAUCGAAACCCCGAAAAGGCACUUGCUGACUUCUGCCAGAGGGUGUCCAAUUACGAGAAAUUGUACGUUCCUCUGGGCAUUGCCGAAGAGGAACAGGGGAUACCUUACGUCCAAAUGAUCGAUGUCGGGCGCAAGAUGAACACUCACAUGAUUCGAGGCUAUUUGGCAACGCACGUGGUCGAGUACCUUUUGAAUUUCAACCUAUCCGAGCGACAGAUAUGGAUAUCAUGCAACGGGGAAAGCUUGGAUGAUGCGGCAGGGAAAAUUGGACGUACUUCCUGUCUCACUGGCAAAGGAAGACAGUAUGCAAGGGCGUUGUCAGAGUUCAUACAGGAACAGCGAGACAAAUGGAGUGCAAAGCACUUACCUCAGGCACGCUUAUCCAACACAAAUAACGGCAUGCUUAACCUCACCAAUUUCCGCAUAUGGACAUCCAUGAUGCCACAGGCAAUCGAAACUGCGCUUCCUUUCCCGGAUGAUUUGUACGAAAAAAAGAAAUGA